AUGCUUGUAGCUCCUAUCGGUUACCGCAUUCGGUUGAGAGUUCUGGAAUUUGACGUGAAUGGCCAAAGUUCGAACUGCGAGAAGGACACACUGCAUGUCUUCGAUCACGAGACCGUGAUUGAUCCCAGCUCCCCCCAUUUCCAAAACAGCGACUCCAUCACUCCAGGACCUAUAAUAGGCCAAUUUUGCGGUAAGCGAACAAAUGCUAGCGAACUGAGCUCGAGCACUCUGAAUGCGCUCACCCUCUGGUGGCACACUGAUCCUCUGCUCGCACAACAACAUCCAGCAAAAGGAUUCCGUCUUCAGUGGAAUGCUUUCCGAGUCACAGCCAAUGUUCCAUGCUCACCUUCUCGGGAGUUCGCAUGCGGAGGAAAUGAGUGCAUUCCAAUCCAGCUGGCCUGCGACCGCUUCGCGGAUUGUCGCGAUGAAUCCGACGUCAUCUACACAAGGCAAUUUGCCGCUAACUGUGAAAGUGAGACAUUGCAGCCAUUAGAAAUAAGAAAACAGCAAUUGGCAUGGCUAGGCGCCUCCAUGACCUCCAUUGUAGAGAGCACUACGCUCGUUGUAGUCUUCCGUACUGCAUUUCGUAAGCCUCGACGAAGUUGAGU